AAGUGUACUUUAAAUUUGAAAAAAAAACGAACAAUAAUCGAUAGAAGGUGUUAAUUAAACUUUCAUCCAUGUUUUUGUGCUUGGUAUUUUGUUGACGUUACGAGAAGAUUUUGCAACUUCUUUUCAAGGCGAAUAAUUCGAUGGGAUACUAUGUUCCUACGUACAAGUUAUACGUGUAUUUUUAUAACGGACGAUGUAAAGCAUUUGCUCGAGGAGAAUAAUUCUAUAUGAAACAGCAAACAUCGAGUGAAAGUGUACCGAAUGUUUAUAAACUUAGGUAUGUUUAUAAACUAAGGUAACAUCAGACCAAAAUACUCGCAGAAAAUGAAAAAUAUACAGUACAGAAAUAACAAGACGAAAGGUUAGAAGUUGGUGUAAGAAGUUGGUGUAUGCGAACAUAAAAGGAGUGAUUGUUCAGCAUCGAGCAAUGGAAGUAAGUCCUUUGAAAAUCGAUGAGGCCAUCAUCGAGAAAGCCCUUCGAAACAAGUUAUCGGAUGAAACUGUUAGAGUUUUGGAGAUCCAGCUAAACUGUAUGUCAGAAAAAGGAUUAAACUUUCUUAGUGAUCUGUAUAAAGCGCACAUCAGAUAUACAGCUUCUUCGAUCAAAAAGAAAGAGGAAACGAAGUCGGAAAGAUCGAUCAGUUUGGUUAUUAAAGCCGAACCUCUGAGGGAACUGUCGCGCGACAUCGUUCGUCAACAAAAUCUGUUUCUGAUCGAAUUGAAAGUUCUGCGUGACGUUCUACCCAAGAUGAAGGAAUUCGUUUAUCAUCAACUCGGUCCAAAUUUAUUAUGCGGUUUCGACGAUCCUCGCAUUCUUGUUAUGGAAAACUUGAUAAACAGAGGAUUCAUUAUGAAGGAUCGUCAGAAAGGAUUGUCGUUCGAACACUGCCGUUUAGUCAUACAACAACUCGCGAGAUUACACGCUGGAUCUGUCGCAGUUCUCGAAAAGGAUCCACAGAUAAUUGAAUCUUUUAUAGAUACUGGCAUUGUGUCGACCAAAUGUCCGAAAGCUUUUAUACGAAUGAUGGAAGUAAGCCUUCUACGAAUAGCUAACGAAAUACAAAGAUGGUCGAGCGAAAAAUACACGAGUGCGGCGAAUAAGCUGAUCAAAUUGUCACCAACUAUCGGAACGCGUUGUAUCGAUGCGUAUAAUUACGACGUGGAUGAAUUCUGCGUACUAAAUCACGGAGAUUGUUGGAUAAAUAAUCUAAUGUUUCGAGAAAACGAGAAAGGCCAACCUAUUGAAGUCUUAUUGGUCGAUUAUCAGAUGGCUGUUUACACGUCUCCAGUUAUCGAUCUGUUGUACUUUUUGAACAUUUGUCCAGAAUUUCACGUAAAGUACGACAACGACGAUGAUUUUCUGAAACUUUAUCUGCAUACUUUGCAAGAGACUAUGAAAAAUAUCGAUUGCAAGAGAAAACCGCCCACGAUGGAACAGUUAAAAGAAGCGAUACAUAAAAGAAGGAUAUACGCUGUUUUCUCUGGAGUCGUGCUUUAUUUACGAAUGAUGGGAAGUAAAGAGGAUACCGAAGAUUUCGAGGAAUUAUUGACCAAGUUGUUAGGCGAAACUAAAAUGGACGUUUUCAGAAACCCAGACGCGGUGAAACUAGCGCAUAAAAUGAUCCCAAUUAUGAACGAAAGAGGUUACUUCGACUAAAACAAUUUGGUUUAGUUAUUAAGAUAAAGGAAGAUUAUUUAUUCUCGAUCGUAUUCGGCAUUAUUUUGUAACGUUAUUAUGCCUAUAUAUAUAUUGCCAUCGUAUCUUGUAAAACGUGGCUACAAAUACGGUGUCUCGCGAAAGUAUUCGACUAUUUAUCGCGCAACCUUUUAUACGAAUAUAAUAUCACGUGCAUUAUAGAAAACAUUUUGAAAUUCUGUCCGCACUGAGACGCGUGUCUCGCGUUUGUUGCGAACAUACGCUUUGCGAAAAAUUAAUAUACAGCGUGGAUAGAAAUCCGAAAGGUACAUUGAACGAUGUACAGAUACUCUCGCUAUGUAUUGUAGCUUAUUAAGAUAGCGAAUGACAGACUGUUCGAGUACCUGCUUUGCUAUCGUAUUUGAUAUCUCGUAACUUCUAUUUACGUUUACAGAUUCGUCUCGAGCUUUGCCAAUAUGCGUAAUCGCGAUAGUCUCGGGUAGUUACAGUGCUAGCGAGAUUUCAAAAUGUUUCGUAUAAUAGAGAAAUGAAAGACAGGGAAUAAUUUCUAGGAGAGUUGGAGUAUCCUUGCCAACAACUGCCGUACAUAAGAAUAAAACAUGCUAUAAAAUUCCGACAUUCUUACUAAAUUAAUAAUUUUUUUCGUUCCUUCGAUCCUGGGAUAUAUCUUCUCUACCAAAAGUAAAGCGAGGAACUUUCGAUAUAUAACGCUGCUCGAAGUCGAGUUUAUCGAGUUUAUCAUAAACGUUGCGAUAUAUGGAAGAAUUGUAAUCUCCAGGAGAAUAUCAUUGUAUAUGAGAUUUGUAUCAGAACAAUUAAAUAUACGAUAUUAAAACAUA